ACCCAACACCCUCUGAGGAUGCUGUGCACACCUCGAGGCCUCUGCGGGGAAGUUCAGGAUUCAUCAUACACAUGGAGGAGAACAAGAGGGAACAUGUCAGAGUUGGCUGGCAAAGAAACACCCUCGAGGACUACACGGUUCAGCAAGCUCGUGCUAGUCAGACCAAGAAUCCAUUCAUGACCAUACAGCCUGCUUUUAAGGAGAUUGUCGGCUUCGCCAAGGAGAGUGAUUGGCCAGGUCUGACUUUGCUCCACGAGAAAAGCUAUGCUUUCGCACAUGAGGCUGGAGUGUACGACGACGCUACCAAAUCUGUCUACUUUACGGCGAACUGGCAAAGCUCCCGAGAUCCACUCAAGAUCCACUCAGUUCACACAGAGACGCUCAAACUGACGGAGCAAAAUUUUGACAAGGUAAUUAAUGCGAACGGUGCGUGUAUGCUUGGACAUGCCAUUUUGUUUUGUGCACAAGGCGAUAUGGAGCACAAUGGUGGUCUUGUUCUGGUAGUGCCUAGUACGGGUGAGCAAGUGGUCUUGCUGGACCAUUUCCACGGUAAACCUUUCAAUUCCCUGAACGAUGUUGUCAUCGAACAUCCGACAGGUUGCAUAUGGUUUACUGAUCCAGACUAUGCGUAUGCGCAAGGCUUUAGACCGAGGCCGCAGCUGCCGAACCACGUCUAUCGCUAUGAUCUGACGACACAAGCGUGCAGCGUCGUCGAGGCAGAUCUAAAGAAGCCUAAUGGACUUUGCUUCAGUCACGACUACAAACACAUGUACAUCACAGACACUGGAGCUAUCGCUGCACACGAAAAGCCCGGCGAAGUCUAUUAUGACGAGACUGGUCCCAGUACCAUUUACAAGUACGAUGUCAUCAAUGGUACGUUACACAACAAACGCACUUUUGCCUACAUUGCAAACGGCGUUCCCGAUGGCAUCAAGUGUGACACCAAAGGCAAUGUAUAUACUGGCUGUGGUGAUGGCAUUCAAGUCUUUGAGCCUGAACGUGGUACGCUAAUUGGCAAGAUUCUAGUGCCUGGCGGUGUCGCUAAUUUCAACUUUGCUCGGGGACGGAUAUGGAUAUACAAUGAGACGAAGCUUUGGGUAGCUGAUGUAGCGGCACGCGGAUGUCUCGAGCAAAUUGAAUGUUCGAGCUCUUGAUUGACAAUGUCUGUGGCACUAUUUCAGACAUCGUAUGCAAUAUACGCAGUACAUAUAUAUCUAGAGCGGUUCAAUCAGAGGCCGCUUUAUCCCUCGCAG